CGAUUUGAUAAAAAAUGAAAAUCCUAUUGAAAUGGGUUUAACAGGUUUUUGUAAGAAGGCCCUAAAUCUAAAGCAGGAAUCGAAAUAGAGUAAGGAAGGACUAGGGAGGGAGGCGAUGAUAUUGGCGCCCAAAGUUAAACCCUCGCUCCCUCUGAAGGAAUCGCGCUCCUCCUCCUCGAUGGAACUUCCCUAAAGUUGUAUACUUGAGUUGAGUUGAGUUGAGGCAUUCAAUCAAAGAAUGGCUGCUCCCUCUAUUUGUUCUCUAUCAUUCAAUGCACUUCCUUUCCUCUUCAAGCCCAUACUAUCUUUUCGCUUCCUUUACUCUUCUUACCUUCACAAAACCCUACUAGACCAAAUUCACCAUCAAAAUCUCGACCUUUUAAUUAAACCCACUUUCGCUCUCCAAUUUGGGUCUCAUUAUCUUCGGUCUGGGCGCGUCUAUUUGUUCGCGACCUAAAUAAAAUCUAACCCUAUAAAGAGAAGGAGUGAUGAAGAAGAAGAAGACUUGGGCUGUCAAGUUUGCAAGAUUUUUCUCCUGCAACGCGUCCAAUCAUGUCAUUACUACCAAAUCUUUCCACUCUUCUUCCCGUCCCAAAUUAUACUCUCCAGUUGUUGCUGCUGCUGCCUUCGACAAGCGCGGAUUGGGACCCAAAAUUGUACAACAUUCGCUUUCCAAUAUGCAGCCUCAUCAUCUUUGUUCAAAUCCCUAUUUGGCGAUUCGGUUCUUCCAGAGUUGUUUAGGGUAUGAGCAUUCAUUACAGUCAUUUUGCUCUCAUAUUCAUGUCUUGCUUAGGGAGAGAAAGUUCGAGCCCGCCAGGCUGGUUUUCCAAAAUAUGGUUGGAAAGUUUGGGAACGCCAAUAUUUUUGACAUUUUGCACGACACUUUUUUGGUUUAUGGUUCAAAUCCUAGUACUGUUUAUAGUUUUGUGGUGGAGAACUACGCGAGAGCCGGGAUGAUCGAUAGUUCAGUCCAGACAUUUCUUAAAAUGUCCAAAAAUCACAUUCGUUUGUCACCAUAUGCUCUAUCAACCAUCUUGGCUUCUUUAAUUGACACGAAGAGGAUGGAUGUUGUUUUGGACAUCUGUGCUGAAUUGAGAAACGGACGAGAGCAAAAGCUUAGUGAAGGUAUUGAUGUGUAUGAUUUCGUAAUGGAUACUCUUCUAAGGAAGAGAGACAUUGAAAUGUGUUUGAAGUUUCAUGAGAUGAUGAUUGCUAAGGGAUUUUUUCCCAAUGUUAUUGCUUGUAACAGGAUAAUGAAAAAACUUUGCCAAGAUAAUAAUGUUCGAGCUGCUUCAGAUUUUCUUUCGUUGAUUCUAAAGGUGGGUCCGAAAUUGAGUUUAGUGUCUUUUGGAACUUUGAUCAAUGCUCAUUGUAAAGAGAAGGAAUUGGAUGAAGCUAUGAAGCUCUACAAGGUUAUGGUGGGAAUAGGUCUGGUUCCUGACUUAAUUAUCUAUAGCAUUCUCAUAGACGGUCACUUUAAAGCAAAGAAGUUAGAAGAAGCAUAUCAUCUUUUCUCAGCAGCAUUAGAUAAAGGCAUCAAAUUGGACGUUGUAGUUUUUAGCUUGAUGGUGAAUGGAUAUGUGAAAAGAAGGGACAUGGGAAGGGCUGUCAAUGUGUAUAAUAGAAUCUUGAAAGAGGGAGUAAGUCCUAGUAUUGUUACUUGUAACAUCCUCAUAAAUGGGAUGUGCCAAAAUGGCCAGAUUCUCCAUGCCUUCAGUGUUUUUGGUCAGAUCGUGAAGCUUGGUAUUGAACCGACAGCUUUCACGUAUAAUACUCUCACUUGCGGCACUUGGAAAUCUGGAAACGUAAGAUUUGGAAUGAGUUUACUCGAGAAUUUGAUCCGGGAAGAACAUACAUCCGAUGUUGUCACUUACAGUGUGAUUGUAAAUUCUCUUGCCAAACGAGGCCAGAUUGAUAAUGCUAUUUGGUUCUUGUACCAUGCAAUUAAGAGGGGGUUGGAACCUAAUAUUCUAAACUUUAACAUCUUGAUAGAUGGCUGUGUCAAAUCGAAACGAAUUAAAGAUGCUGUGAAACUGUACGUUAGUAUGUCUAUGUAUGAUGUAGUUCCCGACGAAAUUACAUACACCACCCUAAUUAAAGGGGUCAUUGAGAAGGAAAGGUUUGUUGAGGCAUUGAAACUACUCCUUCAAAUGCUGAAGAAGGGUGUGACUGCAGAUGUUGUAACAUAUUGCACACUUAUUGAUGGAUUUAGUAAACAGAACAAUUUUGCAGCCGGAAUACAAGUUUAUCGUAUGAUGUUUAUUAAUGGAGUUGAUCCUGACAUUGCCACAUAUAAUAUUCUCAUAAACAUUUAUUUCAAGGUAGCAGAUAUGGAAAGUGCGAUGAAAAUCUUCACGCAGGCUGGUGAAAAUGGACUAGAACCCGAUAUCGUGACAUACAACACGGUGAUCUGUGGUUAUUGCUCAUUGAAGAUGAUAAAGGAAGCGGUUAGAGUUUAUGAAGAGAUGAAAUGUAGUCGGGUUCAACCCAAUGGUAUAACUUUUACUAUAUUGAUAGAUGCUUUAUGUAAGGAAGAAAGAAUAGAGGAUGCAUUGCUUUUAUUUACCAAAAUGCUAGAAUCAGGUUCGGUACCCAACGUGGUCACGUAUAGUUGUUUGAUCGAUGGGUUCCUCAAAUUAGACAAGAUGGAGAAUGCUUUGGAACUUCAUCAAGAGAUGCUUGCAAAUAAUAUCUCCCCUAAUAUCGUUAGCUACAGCAUCCUAACUGAUGGAUUAUGCAAAAAAGGGCUUGUUGAUGAAGCUGCUUUUGUCUUUCAAAGCGCAUUAAACCACCAUUUAUUGCCCGAUGUGAUUGCUUAUAGCAUUCUAAUUCGCGGUUACUGUAGGGUUGGGAGGAUAAAGGAUGCCCUCUUGUUAUACGAUCGAAUGCUCAAAAAUGGUAUAGUGCCGGAUCAUCUUGCAGAAAGCAUCCUUGCUCAGUUUCAAAUUCAAAAUGAUAUAGAUCUUAAAUUGAAUAGUGAAAUGAAUGAUGUAAGUAUGUUGUAUCCUAAUUUCUUCAAUUAUAGAAGCUGAUAUUCUUUUUUAUUUUUGUGCAUCAGAGAAUCUAUAGUUUUUUUUGUUGUUUUUAUUUACUAUAUUGUAUAGAAAUGCUCCUUAUGUCGAGGCAAAAUGAAAAUAGAUUUUGCAGUAACUAAUGUUUAACUGCUAGUCCUAUCGACAUUUUCUCAAAGAAAAAAGAAGUAUGGUUGUGCUUUUCGCA